GGCGGGGGACCGGCGGGCGCGCGCGCGCGCGCGGUUGGGCGGGCGGGCGCGCGCCGUCCCGAGAAGGGCUAGGCAGCGACCCGGACAGCUGUUAAAGGGGCAAUGUCCCCAGGACUGCGGGGCCCACCGGGCGGAGACGGGGUAACCGAGCUGCGGACACGGGAGGGCGAGUAGGACGCAAGCACUCGGGACGGUGGCCAGCGCCCAGAGAGCCGGGAAAAGUGGAGGCCGACCUAGGUAGGAGACCCAGGACCCGGACCCGCGCACGUCGCCGCCGUCGGAGGCGCGCUUAGGGGUCGGACCCGCCCGCAGGGCCCCGCCCAGGAGGUGGCUCGGCGCAGGCCCCGCCCCAGGCGCGCGGCGCCGGCCGGCCCCGCCCUCGGCGCCCGACGCCGCCUCGCUCCUCUUCUGCGCCCGGCGUAUAGUUCUAGAACUCGCCGCGCAGCUUUUUCAGCACCAAUGAGGAGAUUCAGUCCAGCCACCCAGCCCAGUCCAGUCAUGCAAGCACAGGAAGAUGGAGACAACCUUAUCCCUUUUGUCAAGUGUUCCAGGGUGGUCAGCCGAUCUCCACCACCCAGCUUGCCUUCCCGGAGCCUCAGACUGACGCCCCAGCGCUAUGGAGACACCUUCUGGGACAACCUUAGUCAAAGGCCCAGCCCCACCUGGAUGGAGGAACAGUACAUCCCACCCCUGCUGAGAGCCACUGGUUGCUCCCAGCCUGGCCUGUACCUCCCUGAGGGGCUCCCACCCCCUGAGGUGCUCUGCAGAAGAAAGAGAAGGAGGCCACAUUUGGCAGGAAUGCAGCAGGGAUCUGGGGGCGUCCCAGCCCGGGUAAGGGCUGUCACUUAUCACCUGGAGGAUCUAAGGAGGCGACAGAGAAUCAUCAAUGAACUGAAGAAGGCCCAGUGGGGUAGCUCUAGGGCUGCGUGUGAGCCCCUGGUGCUUGACGGCGAUGGCUGUGGACUCCCCAACACCGCCGAACACCCUGGUCUGGAAGAGGAGAGGGCAAACUCUCCACGGGAAGAGGAGCACUUCCUCGCUCCUGGCAGGGCCCAGCUGCUUUGGUCUCCCUGGAGUCCCCUGGGCCAGGAGGGGUCUUGUCUCUCCAGGCCGCCGAGCUCUCUGGCCUCCUUCAGCACUGUCACAGCCAGUAGGGACCCCCUUUACAAUCCCUGGGGGGUGGAGUUGCGGUCUGAGGAGUAAGGAGAAACCGGCCACGCCCAAGAUGCUAGCGUCCUCCAGGGCCCACGACUAGUUCUGGGCGCUGGAAUCUCCAGCAUUUAUGACAUCAAGGCAUUCCCCCUUUCCCUGACCUUUCUCACUUUCCUCUCCCAUCCUCUGAACUAGGCACGAACGGGGCUCCCUUGGCCUCCCAUCUCUACCCGGCCCUCUCACAGGAGCUCCUCAAGGCCUGUCGUCCCGCAGGCCGGCUCCCUGCCGCUG